AUGGACGAAAUGGACGCGCUGCCAUCACCGCCGGCUGUGAAUGCCUUGCGUGAAUCAUUCGGUGAUCGCAAACCACCGGAUAUUACUCGUAAAAUCACGGCCUGUGUUGCAUGCCGAAAACAAAAGACGUUACUGGAAGAAGACGUGACAUGGAAAGGUGCUAUGGUUCGCAAAAUCCGGCGACUUGAAGAAGCCAUUUCCCAGAUUGCAAACAAAGUCGAUAUACCUGAAUUAAAAUCACAACAUGCGGAAAUACAAGAGUCAUUGAGCCCUCCCCCGGUGGACUUGACUAAUGCAGAACCAGCGGUAUUCAGUCCGGAGUAUCAGCCCCAGGCUCAGCCUCAAGCUCCACCUCAACAAAGAGACGAUCGUGAAUUACCUCGGACCUGGGAAGUUGUCAUGGAUCCAAGAGGUGGCCCGGCUUCUAUCCCAGCUUCAUGUCUUUCAGAUAGCUCAAGGGGCGCACCGCCGAAUGGUCUACCCAACGCACGCCAGCCGGACUUGAUAUCCACGGGUCUAAUUACCCUACGACAGGCAUUAGCUUUGUUUGAAGAAUAUCAUCUACGGCUCGAUCACUUUCUUUAUCGAAUACUGGGUGACCAUAUCAGCUUGGACUCGGUCAGGGUGGCAUCCCCUUUGUUGACUGCAGCAGUCUGCACAGUUGGAGCCCUUCAUUCACAAUCAUUGGGCCAACUGUUCGACGUGUGCUAUAAUGAGUUCAAGAACCUGGUUUCUGCGCAGAUGUUCUCUCAAACUGCCAAUGCGGAUGACAUCAGGGGCCUGUGUAUCGGAGCAUUUUGGUUACAUGAACUAUCAUGGGCACUGAUUGGAAAUGCUGUGCGGGUCGCAUCCGACAUUCAUCUCCACGGUGGCAUCUAUAAAGCUCUCAAGGGCGAUCGAGAAGGCUAUCUACAGGUUCGGUUAUAUUAUCUUGUAUAUGUCUGCGAUCACCAUUUCUCUAUCGCAUAUGGCCGACCCCCAAUGUCUCACGAAGGAUUCAUCAUCAAAUCUGCAUCUCGCAUGCUACAAAACGAGCAUGCGACCGAAGAUGAUGCCCGACUCAUUAGUCAGGUUCAGGAAUGGUCAAUACUAGGACAAGUGUUUGACACAUUUGGCGUGGACGUGGACACAGCUAUCGCGCCGCAAGCAAUACCCCAACUCCGUCGGUACUCUAUCGCAUUGGAUACAUGGCUUGCAGAUUGGAACGAGAGCUUUGGAGCGAAUCGAAACGUGGGAAACUAUCCCCAAAAGGGCGUGGGCUUUCACUUCCACUUUGCGAAAUUGUAUCUCUGCUCACAUGCAUUCCGGGGCAUGCCUGCGACCGAAAACCUGACGGAAUGGUUCACGCCCGAGUUGGAAGAGAUCGCCAAUACCGGCGCACUCUCAGCCAUGUCCAUUCUUCGUGUGAUUGUUUCCGAUGCGGAAUUCCGAUCAUUCAUGAACGGAUUACCUCUUUAUUUUGACACCAUGCUUGCUUUUGCAGUCGUUUUCUUGCUCAAAGUUGCUACUAAAUAUGCGACUGUCAUUCGGAUCGACACAUCUAAGAUCUUGUCUCUGGUCGCGCAGACUGUGGCCGCAUUGCGAGAAAUUACUCAGACUAUGCAUCGACAACAUUUGCUUGUUGUUAUUGCAGAAGGUCUGGGUAGAUUGUUGUCCAGAUGCCAAGUACCACCUCAAACGUCUACAGAAGUCAUGUAUCAUCAUCCUUCCCCGAUGGUGGAUCCAAAUCAUCAAUUCGAUAUGGCUUGGAUGGAAAACAUGGCGAGCUUUGAUUUCCAGACACAUUUUCCUGAUCUCGAUGAGUGGUGGCUGCACUAUAGCACCUCCAUGGCCCCCCACGCACAGCGCCUUUAA